AAAGCAUUUAUGCACGCGCUUCCAUAAGGUGAACUACACCUUCUCCAGCAAAUCCAAGGAUUUCGAACCUCACCGAUCUAAACCAAUUUUGCUUACCGUUUUUUAUUUUGUUUCCAACAUUUUUUGUUGGACCCUAAAAAAAAACACAGAACCAAAAAACCCACUCAUUUCCUAUUCCUUCAAAUCUUGUUCUUUAUUGUCUAUUAUUCAAUACUGAACUCCUCCAUCAAUUUGGAGCAAGACCCGCCUCUUGUUUUUGUGGUUUUGUGAGCUUAAACUUGUUCUUUAACUGACACAGUUCUUAUUUUUUGUGAUUUCCAAAGAGACCCACUUCAAGAUUUGUUGCCAGAUCUAUUUUGUUGCAGCUGGGGUUAUUGGGUUUUUUUGGAGAUGUAUGGUUAUGGGUUUUGUAAUUCAAGCUUAGAUCUUGGGCUAAUCUUUGUUUAGUAUGGAUUUGAGAUUGGAAUCCGGGGUACCCAAUUGGAAAAUUUGUUUCUUUUCAUGGAGUUUGAGUUUGUUUGAUGGGACUUAGAGUUGGAGAGAUUUGUGAAUGUGUGAGUUUUGAGGGAGAGUGAUUUGGUUGGUGGGUUUUUGUUUGUUUGGCUUUGUUUGGAGUUUGAAGUGAUUUUUGGAGGAAAACAUGUUUUGGAGAGGGGAGCGUGAUAGGGAGAGGGAGAGCAAAGAGCAAAAUGGUGGACCACUUUCUGGUCAGGUUCGAGUACUUGUUGUUGGUGACUCAGGAGUUGGGAAAACUUCUCUUGUUCAUUUGAUUAUCAAAGGUUCCUCCAUCACUCGCCCUACUCAAACAAUUGGGUGUACUGUUGGUGUGAAGCACAUUACUUAUGGAUAUUCCGGGAGCUCUUCAAGUGGCAUAAAAGGUGAUGCUGAGAGAGAUUUCUUUGUUGAACUAUGGGAUGUGUCAGGCCAUGAUCGUUACAAAGACUGCCGGUCUCUUUUCUAUUCACAAAUUAAUGGUAUUAUUUUUGUUCAUGAUCUCUCCCAGAGAAGGACAAAAACAAGCUUGCAGAAAUGGGCAACUGAGAUUGCUGCAAAUGGGACCUUUUCAGCUCCCCUAGGAUCUGGAGGUCCCUUUGGCCUUCCUGUCCCAUAUAUUGUUAUUGGUAACAAAGCUGAUAUUGCUGCAAAAGAGGGUACAAGAGGAAGCAGUGGCAAUCUUGUUGAUGCAGCUCGCCAGUGGGUUGAGAAGCAGGGUUUGCUUCCAUCCAGUGAAGAACUUCCGCUGACUGAGAGUUUUCCAGGCAGUGGAGGCCUUCUUGCAGCUGCUAAAGAAGCAAGAUAUGACAAGGAAGCUGUGGUGAAAUUUUUUCGUUCGCUAAUCAGAAGAAGAUACUUUUCAGAUGACUUAUCUGUACAAACUCCUUGGUCUAUUUCUUCAGUGCAGAGAGUCUCACAUCGUUUAGAUGAAGAUUUAAGUGAUGAGGAUCAGUCUUAUAAGAAUACGAGCAGCUUAAGUGGUGAUCCUUACAAAUACAACGUGCUUCCUCCCCUUCCAGCACAACGCAAUCUCACGCCACCUCCCACACUUUAUCCUCAGCAGCCAGUUUCAGUUUCAGAAAGUUACAGCCUCCCUAGAUUUUCCCUGACUGGCUCUUCAGAGUUCAGCAGUAAUGCCAGAUCAAAGCGCUCAGAUAUUAACGUGUGAUGAUCACUGCCUCUAGCUGCAAAGAUUGCACAUAUAAGCUGUUAAUCCAUUUCUUUGCCAUGCUGGUUAAACGUUUUAUUGAUUCUUUUAUAUCUACAGGCUCUCCCAUAGUAAGCGGUUUUUGUCAUACCAUUAAUUAAAGUGUAUGAAAAUUAAUUGUUGAACCUGAAACUACAGGUGAUUCUUUGUAAUCGAACUCUCUUAAUUCUUUUUCUUAGUAA